UCGCGCUGGAGGAAGAUAAGCAACCUUUACUAUAAUCCACCGCACUAUUCCUAUUUACUCUGAGAGAUCGAAUCCGCGAUCAACAAUCUGAGCGCUUUCGUAAUUGCGGAUUCCGUUCAAGUUGUUUUGUCUUGCAAAUAGCUCUCUCGCGUCACUGGCGGGAAGGAAAGUGUAUCGAACCUGGCUGUAAAUACUUGAAAACUACAAAUAAAAUGGCUAAGAGAUUGAUGGGCCCCUGUAUUACUAAGUGACACGGGAAGCCAGGUAUUAGACGGAAGGUGCAUGGAUCCCCAUGUGGUUCUUUCUGAAAGUAUUGAUAGGGGAAGUGACGACAAUUUGCUUUUGUCCUGGUUCGAUCGAGCACCCUGUGUGAGUCCAUUAGCGACAUUAUUCCGGUGAGAAAAUCUCGCGAAAAACGAUUUUUGCAGUAGGCCUACACUGCAACGAAAGGGGGUUUGAUAACAAAAGACAGCAAAACUGCCAGUGCGUCCAUCACAGGCAACAGCAGCAUUCACGGCCAUAUCGGUACCAUCCGAAGUAAUAAUUUGGAACUAAAUGGUUUGGCACCAUGUAGCCGUCUUGGGACUGAAAGCCGCACAGCCUUCCCAAGCAGAUAAAGAAACUCGUGGACAGAAGAGUUUUUUUACAGGAACCUGUCAAUGAAUAACUUUAAUCACUACGAAGCACUAUGCUGAUACGUCGUUAAAGGAACCAGUCUUUGCACUAAUUUGAAAAUCGUUUCAAAGAACGCUGCAGCAUUGCCUUCCUCAUUGCGAAAUACAUUGCACCUCUCUCGCUCAGCUGCAGUAUGCUGUCUCAAUUAUCCCAGCUUCGAGAUCGUCUACCCCGCCCAACGCUGUCCCCGAACGUCCAAGGGUGGCUGAUUUGCUUCGCCGUGCUCAUCGUGACCGUCAUCAGAAGUGGGAUUACUUACAGCUUCGGCGUCUUUGUCGUCAAGCUCACCAAUGACUACCACAGAUCUUUGGCAGAACAGAACUGGGUGGGGACGCUGUCAUUCUGCGUCUCGCUGUCCUUCUCCCCCGUCUCCGUCGCUUUGAUACGCGUGGUCGGACCUCACGGGUUCCGGAUUGUGGGUCUCCUGGGAGUGAUAAUUCUGACCGUCAGCUGUAUAGCCUCGUCCCUGGUCACCUCGUUGGAGUGGAUGUUCCUGACCCACAGUCUGCUGUACGGCAUAGGUUCUAGUUUCAUCUACAUGGCCUCCUCGCUGAUUAUUGGCGAUUACUUCGACAAGGACCACCCGCAGCAUGUCCUGGCCACCAGUAUUUUGUUAUGCGGCUACCCCGUCGGGAGUCUUGUUUUCAAUCCUAUAAACGCCUGGUUGGUAAACAGUUACGGUUGGAGAGUGGCGUUCAGGGCUGCGUCUGGGAUGAUCUUCAUUGCUGGCGUCUGCUGUGUAGCUACAUUUGCUCCUCGGAAAACUCCGGCCUACUUCGACUUGGAUAACGAAGAGAAGACAAAAGACCUGUCUCUGCGCAGUUGUUUUGGUUCUUGCGUAGUUCUAAAACAAAGGCCAGAGAUUCUACUUUGGCUCUUUGGAAAUACGUUGAGUUACUUGGGGUUUUAUAUGCCGUUUUUGAAUUUGCCGUAUUACAUGAAGUUAAAGGGUAUCAAAGCAAUAGACAGCUCUUGGGCUUUGACCGUUCUGAGCCUAGGGGAAUGCAUUAGCUACGUGGUGGCCUCCUUGGUCGGGGUGUUCUUUAGAGGAAAAUUAGUCUUCUCAAAUAUACUGGCUUCGUUGGCACUAGCCGUCAUUUGUAUAGUGUGGCCUUUUGUGGACGCCAGCUACGCUGAAAUAAUGGUGAUUUCUUCCGCAAUGGGGGUUUUUCUUGGGUUGACAAUAGUGUAUGCAUAUGCAGCAUCCGGUGAAGUUACAGGGCUAUCGCUAGAUGUCGCUUGGGCGUUAACAAAUAUGUGGUCAGGAUUUGGGAUCUUAUUAGGACCUUUCUUCUCAGGUCUAAUCUACGACCUCCGGCACUCGUACGAUGACGUGUUUUACGUGAACGGGGGCAUCUUUGCCGUAGACUUAUUCGUCUUUGGUGCCAUUGCUGCACUGCAAAAGUACAGGCAGUACAAAGGGCAAUUUGAAUACGAAGAGAUAGACGGUGAUGCCAUGACUUCUAGCACAAGUGAUUAUGAAAGGACGUUCAGAUCCGUCAAGAAAUCUAUGUCAAAGCCGCAGGUGGUCGACGAAGCUAGCAUUGAAUACUAUGCCCAUGAGGACUGAGCAUGUUGGUUAUAUGGAGUGUCUGCGCAUGCGUCAUUUCCGUGAUUGGUUGAACUCCUAGCAACCACUUGUUUUUAACCAAUAAUCUUAGCCUUUAAAACAUCACCCAGAAUUGAAUGAGCAUGCAGAUAUGUCGGGUUCUAUACCACUAAGGUCAUAUAAAUACUAGUAUAUGGUCCAUUAAUGCUUGGGGAACUCGCAACUUACCAUUUCCGAAAAAGGCCAAAAUGUGUGUUCUUUCUCGACACCAUGGCUCUUUCUGUUGGCCAGCUAGGUGGGAUUUUGUUGCAGUGCAUGGCUUCAAGCCUAUGACGUACUAACAAUUACGUGUUCCUAAAAGAUGUAGGCGAUGUUCAAAAUGUAGGUAUACUGUACAUGUAGUUGUGAGAUUAUAAUUUGAAUGAGAAACACAAUAGUGAUAAUUGCAUCCCAUUUGUUGAAAAUGGGGGUCUCUAAAUGGUAGCUGUCAAAACCUAUAAUUCUGUGAAGAAUUUGGACCCUUAAUGUUAUAUAUCAAACAGUUAAUGAAAGUUUCUCAUCUGUAGAUUAAAUGUCACCGACUUAAACAAGCGCUUAGGUGGUCACAACCUUGAGGCUAUACAUUGUGAUUAUUAUUGUUUAAGAAUCUGUUUUGUUUAUCAUUUACCGUCCCAUACAACUGUUUCAAAAAUAAAAUGUAUGUUAUGUAAAGUUUUGUGCUUAGGCAAACAACUGCAGCACGGCUGAUACAUGUAGCUGGCCGCUUCAGGACGAUAAAAUCUGUAUGGUUGUAUUUUUU